AUGGCAGCUGAAGUGCAAAUGGUACUUUAUGAAGAUGAUUCCGUGCAAGUGCAAUAUGCUGAUGGUUCCAGACUACAGCUUUCUCCUUGUGGCUCUGAAUUUUUAUUUGAAAAGGCACCUCCUGUUUCAGCACAUCCUUUAGAACGACCAGAAAGAAUUCGUCAAAGGACACAUUUUGUUAUCAGCACUUACCAAGAGCAACUACAGCGAGCCCUAGAUUUUCGAAAUUCUUUUGCUACUUGCCCUUUUUUAUCUGAAAGCAUCAUACCUUCUGAAAGAAAAAAGCAUAUCUUCAUUGACUUCUCAGAAGUCAGAUGGCCCAGUCCUGAUACUGAUGAUGGCAUGCUGUGUAUGCAGAGCGGCACCGUGAAGAUAUCAUCAUUAGAUGGGCAUGCAUACCUUUGUCUGCCGAGAUCGCAGCUUGAAUUUACAGUACAUUUUUUGUGUAAAGUAAGCCAGAAGCCAGACUCAUCUAUAGUAUUGUCAGAAAAGAAGAUUCAAGCCAGAAAGGACAAACUAGAUGAAACAGCAGGCAAAAUCUGUACAUAUGGAAGUUUAUCAAGACAGAGACUGAAGAAUAAAGAAAACGAACUUUACUAUCAGACCAUGAAAUCCAAGGAACCUUUAGAGAAAAAGAGCUGUGUAAAUGGAGCCGAAGGGAGUGGCGAGCCACCUCUGCCUGGUACAAAACACAUGUGUGUAUACACGUGGGUGAAACAAUGCUGGCCUGUGGCCUCCUGUCCAGAGGAAUGGAAAUAUCCCUUGUCUUUAGCACUGCAUUUGCAUGAUAAAAUCAGCAGUGUGUCUAGAAUUGAUGCAGCCAUCACCCAGAAUAAAACUUUGACUUCUGAUAUUUCAGAGGAAAGAGGAAAAGAGGUUUCUGUUCUUCCCAGGGCCCUGUUACUCAGCUGUCCUGUCCCACACCUGCACAGGUGGAAUUUUUGUGAUUCACUUUCACAAGGACAGUUUGAUGAAGAAUAUUCCUAUCCUGAACUAGUGAAAGUGGUUUGGUACAAAGGUGUAACUUAUCGACUUACCCAUAAAAAUGUGAACUCAAUAGAGAUUUAUCCUGGAGAUGGCUCUGUUUUCAAAUCUGAGGGAGCUUAUUUUGGGAGCUAUUUUACUUAUUAUUCCAUUCAGGAAGGAUCAGAAGAGAAAGAAGAGAAAACUUAUUCAGUAAAUAACCUUCCUCCUGAUAGACCAGGAAGUCUGUUCUCUGUGUGUUCUCUAAUUAAACAGGCAACCAGAAUUCUUCAGCACUGUGCGAAGACAAGGCUUUCUUUAAGCCAUAACUAUCGUAUAUGCUGCUGGAAAAUGGUACCUGGGAUAAAUGAUAGCAAUAUACUGCCUUUACUUUUGAGAGAAUCGCUCAUACCCAGCGUGGGAAGAUUUCUUGCAUACUCUGAUGACAAAGUACAUGCUCUCUUUUUAAAUGGCAUUACUCUAACCCUAAAUUGGAAUUUCAGCUCUUUUACUGAAAAGAGACAGGUAAAUCAAGGUCUCAACUUAGCUUGGUGUAAGUUAACUUUUCCUGAUGGGCAAGAUCAGUUAAUUCAUAUUGGACACCCUGGACCAUAUGAAAGAUAUGUGACAGCAGUCGUAUCAUGGUGCAGAAGCCUGACCCAGACUAAUCAGAGAGAGAUGCCCACACAUUCUUCAUCUUCUAUUCUUGAAGAAAAUUGGUCUGUGGCCUCUGAACUUGAAAAGAUAAAGAAGUUUAACUUGUUACUGGAGAAUAGUGGUAUCCUAAACCAGAUUUCCAACAAAGAAAAUGAACAGUCAUCUGAUCAUUAUGAACCAAAACCUUCAGAAACCUUGCUGGAAGAAGUUAAUGAAAAGAGAGUAUCAGUGGCAUUGAAAAAAACCUCUGAAAUCCUUCAGGAUAUUGACUAUCUUCUAUUAAAUUCUAAAAAGUGA